CUCAGGAUAUUUCCUCUGAUUGCCUUCCUAUUUGGAUCUUUCCAGAGCUCUGAACACUUGAACACCCACCAUGGAUGACUUUGAACGCCGCAGAGAACUCAGGAGGAAAAAGCGUGAGGGAAUGCGUCUGGAAGUAGAGAGUCUGUCCUACCAAAGGAAUGAUGAUGAUGAGGAAGAAGCUGCCAGGGAACGUCGCAGACGGGCUCGACAGGAGAGGCUGCGGCAGAUGGAAGAAGGAGACCUGUCAGGAGAAGUAACAGAGAAAACAGAUACUAAUACCCAAAACAGCGUGGCAGAAGAGGAACCCAAGCAUGCUACAAGCACAAGGGGAGCAGAUGAUGAAGCUGCACUGCUGGAGAGACUGGCAAGACGGGAGGAGAGGCGCCAGAAACGUCUGCAGGAAGCUCUGGAACGUCAGAAGGAACUUGACCCUACGAUGACAGAUGAGAGCUUGUCACUGCCCAGCAGGAAAGCAGUGCCCGGCGCAGAAGAAAACGAGACCGCGGGAAAAGAGGAAAAGGCUGAAACGUGCCGAGGACGCUACGAGACUGAGGAGACAGAAACGGUUACCAAAUCAUACCAAAGGAACAACUGGAGGCAAGAUGGGGAAGAAGAGGGGAAAAAAGAAGAGAAAGACAAGGAGGAGGUACAGGAGGAGAAACCCAAGGAGGUCCCCGUAGAGGAAAAUCAGGUAGAUGCGACAGCAGAAAAACCUACAGAUAAGGGAGAGGUAGUAGAAACAAAAAAUCUAGCGAUGAAUGCAGAGGAACACAAAGCAGAGAAUGAUACAAAUGCUGUGCCAGAAGGGGGGCAGAGCAUAACUGAUGUUUUAGAUAAAGAGAAGUUUAAGGAUGAGGAAAAGGCUGAGGAGGAAAGAAAGCAAGCAGAAGAAAGGGAGAAACUUGAGGCGGAAGAAAGAGAGAGGUUAAAAGCAGAGGAAGAAAAGAAGGCAGCUGAGGAAAAACAGAAAGCAGAAGAGGAAAAGAGGGCAGCUGAGGAAAGGGAGAAGGCUAAGGCAGAAGAGGAGAGAAAGGCAGCUGAGGAAAGGGAGAAGGCUAAGGCAGAAGAGGAGAGAAAGGCAGCUGAGGAAAGGGAGAAGGCUAAGGCAGAAGAGGAGAAGAGGGCAGCUGAGGAAAAGGCUAAGCUAGAAGCAGAGAAAUUACAGGAAAAACAAAAGAUGGAAGAAAAGAAAAUAGAAGAGAAACAGGUAAAAGAGAAGAAAGCACAAGAGGAAAAACCUCAAGCAGCUUUCCUAAUAAAGCAGGGGGAAGAAAUAGAGAUUAAAGUGGACCUUAAAAAGGAAAAGUUGCUGGAUGAGAAGCUCCAACCUACCUCCAAAAAAGAUCAGGUGAAAGAUGACCAGGAUAAAGGAAAAGCACCCAAAGAGGAAAUGAAAAGCAUCUGGGAUCGUAAGAAGGGAGUCCCUGAACAGAAGGCACAGAACGGAGAACGUGAACUCACUGCCCCAAAACUUAAACCUACUGAGAAUGCUUUUGGCCGCUCCAGUUUGAAAGGGAUUGCGAAUGCUGAGGAAGCAAAGCUGAAGGAGAAGCAGCAGGAGGCAGCAGCAGAGCUGGAUGAACUGAAGAAAAGGCGGGAGGAGCGCCGGAAGAUCCUGGAAGAAGAGGAACAGAAGAAGAAGCAGGAGGAAGCUGAAAGAAAAGCCAGAGAGGAGGAGGAUAAGAGGAGGAUGAAAGAAGAGAUUGAAAGGAGAAGGGCUGAAGCUGCUGAGAAACGUCAGAAGAUGCCAGAAGAUGGUGUAUCUGAAGACAAGAAACCAUUUAAAUGCUUCAGUCCUAAAGGUUCAUCUCUCAAGAUAGAGGAGCGAGCGGAAUUUUUGAACAAAUCAGCUCAGAAGAGUGGUAUGAAACCCACCCACACAACAGCAGUUGUCUCCAAGAUUGACAGCAGACUUGAGCAAUACACGAGUGCAAUAGAGGGCACAAAGGCUACAAGACCAGCAAGGCCUGCAGCCUCCGACCUUCACGUGCCAGCAGAGGGUGUCCGUAACAUCAAGAGCAUGUGGGAGAAAGGGAAUGUUUUCUCAUCACCCUCUGGGGCAGGAACACCAAAUAAGGAAACUGCUGGACUGAAGGUUGGUGUUUCCAGUCGUAUCAAUGAGUGGUUAACCAAGACCCCAGAGAGCAACAAAUCACCUGCUCCAAAACCUUCUGAUUUAAAACCAGGAGAUGUAUCUGGCAAACGCAACCUCUGGGAGAAGCAGUCAGUUGAGAAGUCAGCUGCUUCUAAGGUAUCAGCUAUGGGGAAGAAAUCAGAGACUAAUGGUUUGAGACAACUUGAAAAAGAACCAUAG